GCCGCACCGAAUGAACAAGCAGUCAGUUCGGCGCCGUCAGCCGUCACGUAUACACGUUUUUAUUGCAAAAUGGCAGCCGCCCACACACAUUCUGCCCCAGCGCCCUCAGACCGUCGUCCAGAGGGCCGUGCUGGUUCUCGACGUAUAUUUCCACCACAAUUCAAGCUACAAGUUUUAGAAGCAUAUAGACGCGAUGCUCAAUGUCGCGGUAAUCAACGUGCUACGGCCAGGAAGUUUGGCAUUCAUCGUCGACAAAUUCAAAAGUGGCUUCAAGCAGAACCUGCACUCAGAGCAGCACUACUGAGAAGAGCUCCACAACCAGCACCUUCACCGCCGCCGUAUUCAGCUGGGUCGCCAGAAAGUGCCAGAUUGCCGUCACCGCCGCCGGCUUCGCUACCCACACCAGUGUCAGUGGCCACGCCGCUACCGGCGGCUGUACCGAUGCCCAUGCCUCCAGUUAUCAGCGAGCCGAUCGAUCUGUCAAUACGUCGGUCACCCCUAUCACCAAUACCACAACCAGUGUGUCCACCUGUGCCUGAUCCACCGCGCAAGCCUUUCAAGUUGUUCCGGCCAUAUCUUCUUGGAGAAGAAGAAGAAGAAAGCGCACCUGUAGCGUCUCUACCUGUGUCGAGUGGUGUACACGUUUCUGCAUUCGUGCCAGUGCAGAGCGCGGCUGGGUGCGCGCUAACCGCCUGUCCAGCACCACGUUGGUGCGCAGCCAUGCCCUCAUUCCCGGCUCCGCUCAGAUGAGAGUAUGCCGACGGGGCUCAGCCUCAAACCUCCUGUGAUCUAGUCGCCGACGCCCGCCUGGCGCCGCCCGGGGCGUAGCCCUCCAUCAUCGUGCCUUAACAUACACGCAGCCAUAGUGCAUUAUGCCAUCAUCUUGAGAUGAUUGCUUAUUUUUGUGUAUAAAUAUUAAAAUGUAUUUUUAUAUGUGGGGUUUAUGAAGCAUUCCCACAUUUAUGCAGAUUGAUUAUUA